AUGUUAUUGUCAGAUCUCAAAGUGCUGCCAUCAAAUGACGACAUCACGUUGAAUGUCAAGCACGGGAACGAUACCGUUUGUUUCCGUUGCGUGAACAGCAAUGCACGUCGUUUGUGGAAAACUCACUUGGAACAAGCUAUUGAUAUGUAUGCAAUAACCGUUUCCGAACAGCAGCAUGGAAAGGUGUCGACAAAUGGAAAUAUCAUUGGUCGGCUGUUGAUUGAAGUGAUGAGCAUUCAAAACUUCAACUCAAAAACAUUGGAUUCAAAUUCGCAAAUCCUUCGUCUUUCUCUUGGCGAAUCUUACGAGUUAUUCGAGGUGGAUCUCACGAAAAAAUCCGAUUUGCAUCUUACCGCACAAUUCCCUUUCGUACAUACAUCCCUUAGUUUCACCAUAAAACUUCUUAAAAAGAAUCUCUUCAGCCCAGAUGUGCCAUUAUUAGAAGAAGGUAUCGUUCCUCUGUCGGAGCUAAUCAGGGAAUCUUCUAAUCAUCGUGGACCUCUAAUAAAGCCGUUGCACUUAAGAAAAGACGUCAGGGACAAAACGAAGCCGGUGGGAACAGUUACAGUAAAGUUUGCUAUCCAAAUGUUUGAUGCAAGUAUGUAAUA